CGAUUCUUUUCAUUUUUAAAAUUCACAAACACCAGAGACCAUAAAAGCUUUUUUCUCAUUCAAACACUCGUUAAACCAAAAAAAAAACUUACAAUGUCAAUUUAACAAGUUGGUCCAUUACAUAAUAGAGACAAACUCUUUGGUUCAUUACUCCAUUUAUAAAGAGACACCAAAUCUUAAAUACCAAUUUAAGCAGGUGGGUUUGAUUUAGAGUUGUCUACUACUCUUUCCUCUUCUUCUCAACCUCUCACACAGGCAGCAAAAGAUAUGUAUAAGAAUCAGUUGCAAGAGCUAGCACAGAGAAGCUGUUUCAGCCUCCCAUCAUAUACCUGCACAAGAGAAGGACCAGAUCAUGCUCCAAGAUUCAAAGCUACUGUAAACUUCAACGGUGAAAUAUUUGAAAGCCCCACUCAUUGUUCCACUCUCAGACAAGCUGAGCAUUCAGCUGCUGAAGUUGCUCUCAGUGCUCUCUCUUCAAAGGGUCCUUCAAAGUCUCUAACCGCUAGAGUUCUUGAUGAGACUGGGAUCUACAAGAAUCUGCUUCAAGAGACGGCGCAUAGAGCUGGUCUUGAUCUACCGGUUUACACAAGUGUGAGAUCAGGACCUGGUCAUGUUCCGACGUUCUCCUGCACUGUGGAGCUUGCUGGAAUGAGAUUUAAUGGAGAAUCAGCAAAGACUAAGAAGCAAGCUGAGAAGAACGCUGCUAUUGCAGCUUGGUUCUCCUUGAGAAAAAUGCCAACAAGCUUGGACUCUGAAAGAGGUGAAGAGAAAGAAAGAGAGGUAGUUGCAAGAGUCCUCUCAAGAUUUAGACCCAAAGAAGUUAGAAGAAGAGAACAACAUCACUCAAGGAGAAGAGCAAUCCGACAAGACACAAGAGACAUGUUGUGUGAGAAGCUCAGAUUGAUUAAUCCAUACACCAAUGAAGCUUCAUCAUCAGUGAAACACCACCAAACACUACUACCACCGAGACUCUGGCCUUCAACAACAAAUCUCCAACAACAAUCCAAAGUCAAAUCCUUGCUAGAGAAGUCUCAAGAACAUGCAGGGCUAAAACAGAGGAGCCCAGAUGAUGCAAAGCCAGAGAUGAUAAUAAAGUCGUUUCCUUUAUCAUCAUCAAUGGAGAGAAGAAACUGUUACAGUAAACUUCUACCCUUCCCGGAGACGUUCGCCGGAGGUUUUGGGUUAAAUCAUCAGAAACUUGCUCCAGCUGUUCAUAUGAGAUCAGUGAUUCCAGUUUGUUCAGCUCCUCCACCUAAACCACCAUCUCCGUUCAAUGAAUCCAACACAUCCCUUAGUUCUUGCUCUGCUCCAAGCUCUUUGGGAACUGAAGGGCAAGAGAAGAAGUCUCUGAUCGAACUUGAGUUGGAAUCAAAAUCAGAUCGAACCCAUGACUAAAGGUCGUAUCUUUAGAUAAACCCAUGUUAAGGAUUUGAUCAUAGAUUAGUGAAAGGUGAUAAAUCGAGUUAUGGGUUUGUGUA